UGAGUAACUUUGUUUCAGGCUACUUUAAGGGACCAUCGUCAAACUUUGCAGGCGCCAGCAGAGGGAGCGUUGCACACGGCCGUCCCCUUUACUGCGCCACUUUAAGUGAAAUGGGCAGCCUUGAAACCACCGUGUUUGUAUCUUGAAAUUGCGAGCGGAGUUGAGCACCAUAUUGAAUCAAAGUUGCCAACUCCUUGACAAAUGUUUUAUAAGUUUCAGACCUCAAGCUCCAGCGGGGAUCUGAGCGGACGGCAGCCGCCCGGAGUGUAAUGGACGCGCUGUAGGCGACUUGCUGCGACGUUUCCCGGAGCGCUUCAGCUUUGUUUUCCUACAUGUUGAGUUGGUUUAAUGCAGCAACGAGUCAGCGAACAAUCCCUAACUUUAAAGUGUGAGGUCAGCACUCUGGACCAGACCUGGAUGUGAUGGACAAUCCGUCCUCAGUAAUCACCCAAGUCAGCCGGGAUGAAGAGGGGAGCAAAGCCGCGGGGGAGAGGGGUUCUUCUCCCUCUCUGUCCUCCAAGAAGCCCAGGAGCGGAGGCCUCUUCUCCAGCCUUCUCUGCUGCCUGUGUCGGGACCAGCCUGAACCCCCACCAGUCAACAACAAUGCCCCUCUGCUGGUCGAGGAGAACGGAACCGUCUCCAAGAUCCAGGUGAAGCCACUGCUGCCUCCAGUGAAGUCAAAAGACUCCGGAAAGAUCUGUGUGGUUAUAGAUCUGGAUGAGACGUUAGUUCACAGCUCUUUUAAGCCUGUGAACAAUGCAGAUUUCAUCAUUCCUGUGGAAAUAGAUGGAACAGUACACCAGGUGUAUGUCCUGAAGCGGCCGCAUGUCGAUGAGUUCCUGAAGAGGAUGGGAGAACUGUUUGAAUGUGUCCUGUUCACUGCCAGUUUAGCCAAGUAUGCAGACCCAGUCUCUGAUCUCCUGGACAAGUGGGGCGCUUUCCGCUGCCGCCUCUUCCGGGAGUCCUGCGUCUUCCACCGAGGAAAUUACGUGAAGGACCUGAGUCGCCUGGGUCGUGACCUAAACAAGGUCAUCAUCGUGGACAACUCCCCGGCCUCCUACAUCUUCCACCCCGACAACGCUGUGCCUGUGGCGUCGUGGUUCGACGACAUGUCCGAUACUGAGCUGCUGGACCUCAUCCCGUUCUUCGAGAGGCUGAGCAAAGUGGACAACGUCUACACAGUCCUCAAGCACCAAGGGACCGCAAGCUAACAGUGUUCGACUUUUCAUCUCAGCUCAGAAAAAAUGGCGUACAAAAACAGAAUUAUACACACCAGCGAGGCUCCAUCACCAGCUCCAGCUAUCACUGCCCACCAGAACACAGACUGCUUCACAGCUGACAGAGCCUUCCCAGUAUCAAACCAAGAUCAUAUUGGGGAGUCUUUUAGUGAUUUUGAUGGUGUCAUCACUGCCACCUUCUGGUCAAAGAGAAAACUGCCUGAAAAUUACCUUGUAGCCCCCCCCCCCCCCCCCCCCAUGAACCAGCUUCUGUGAUUGAAUGGAUGAAAGGAUGAAUGAAUGUUUAAGGACAUUUCUGCAGUGUCACUGAACUUGCCGUUGAGUUAAUAAAGCAGAGGUCUGUGGCCUUGAAUCCAAUGGACGCAGACUGGGUACUGGACAUAGACUUCUCUCAUGGAUUCAGCCGUCUGAUCCUGCAAAGCGAAGCAGGAUUUGGUAAGCAGGAAUCAAGUGGAAAGGAAUUCUUUGGAAAGGUUUACGUGCAAAUAAACUUGCUCAGUCAUGUCAUGAGCAGAUGGUGUAUACGUACUGUAGAUGUCUUUUAAACAUUUUGGAAUAGCAUUAUCUUUGUCACACACCCUAAUCUUGUCAAUUAUCACACUAUUUGUUCGCAGUCAAAAGCAUGUGAUCUUCGGGUGUAAUUUUAGAGAUUUUAGUGCAACGUGAUCAGGUAUUUUUGAGUAAUCAUGACAGUGUUAUGGAUGAAUAUGAUAUAAAAAAAAGAUAUCAUUUAAACCCAACUGGGAUUGUACUGUCAAGUAUAAUCAGGAGUUGUUAAAUUCACUAAUAACAAAGUGAUUGGACAGCACUUUACAUGUAUAGUCUGUAGUACAGUCACUGCAGUUUAGAAAUUGGUUUUAGCAGAAUUCAUAUACUAAACCCAUCUUAAAAAUGUAAUAAUAAAUGGGGAUUAUUAUUUGGGAAGCAGGAAGCAGUACAAAUUUUUGAUGCAUAGGAACACAACCUAGUGGGAAAAUCAGUACACACUGUUCUAGACUAAAAGUUUCAGCACUGAAACAAAUGACAACUGUAGUAUUUUUUUUUUUUUUUUUUUUUCCGAAAACCUGACACUAAUAUGAAUACCAAUCCAUCUGCACAUGACUGUGAAAGAGCAGCUGCUGUGCUCCCUGGGUGUGGAUUUCCAAAGGUGGUUUAAAGAUUGAUGGACAGUCAGAAUGAAUUGUAUCUCCACCCGUGUGUCAAUAGAUGCCAUGACCAGUUGAUGCCAGAGAUGAGAGGACCAGGAUCGACUUCGAAAACCACCUGAAUUCGGUCAUUUUUAAUGCUGCAUCAUUACAGAGGCUCAGUUGGUAUACAGUAUGUUUGGUCUUGUUACUUGUUUUAAAGGCACACACAAAACUUGAAUUUCUCACAGCAUUUACAGACUGUAUUUGAAUGGGUAAAGAAAGUUGCAAAAAAGUUAGUUUGGCUUGUCAGUUUUGUUCUUAUAAGCUUCAAAAUACAUUUUUUUUUCUUGUUUUUAAAUUAAGCGGUACCCACACGCUGGAAACUAUUUCAGGACUUUGUAAUAAGAUCUGUGUCGAGGGUGGGGAGGGGGCUGCCAUGAGGACUCAAGGAUAUGUGAGGUGUUGUGCCUGGUGAGCAGGCCUACCUUUGAAAACAAAAAGUGGUUUAAUUCAGUCCAGAUUUAAAGGAGAAAUCCACCCUGAAAUACUUCAACACUAUUAAUAAGCAGCUAGAGCAGAUUUUUCUUGCACCUCUGGGUCCUCUGUUGUUUGGCUGCCUUUCGUUUUCUGUUGCAUAGACAUGACGUAAUGUUAAGAUAAUUCUAGUGCAGCUACAGUGGAGUUCAAUAGAUGUUCAAGAAUCAUAUUUGGAGAAAAGUUUCCAACAAUGUUUCCUGGGAAAUGGAGGAAAUCACUUUUAGGAAGUUUGUGUGUAGCAGUGUGAGAUGAUUUGAGGGUGGAAUUUUCCUUUAAAAUCUCAUUCAUGACAGAUGACAGAAGUGGAGUUAUACAUUAAGUCUGUGCUGCUUUUUUUUUUCCCUUUUAUAAAGCUCUACGUGGUGAUGUUAGUUGGAUGGUUUCUUGAGCUGGUCAGGUUUAAGGAGCAGCCUGACCUCCAGCAGGUGUUUCAGACUCUUGUUAUGUCCUUCAUAUGCGUUGACAAUACCAUGUGUUGACACUGAUGAAUGAAAACGGUGGAUUUGACUAAGAGCCGCUCGAUGUGACUUUAGAUGGAACAGGGAUGACAAUUAAGUCCACCAUAUUAAGAGCUAUUACAUUAUUUUUCUAUGUUUAACAAAUUCUUGUCAAUCAAAUUAGCCUGUUUCUUUUCUAAAUAAUUACUGAUUUUACUUCCCUUUUUUUUGCCCAGGAGUGGUCCUCUGAUACAAUAUUUACAGUUUGUUCUCCAAAGGGGAAACACUGCUGUUGCUGUUUUCAUACAAGGCCUGGUCGGUUACCUCAUAUAUUAAUAGGUAGUAUAUGGAUCAGAAACACCAGCAAUUGACUAAAAGAAUAGUAUCUUACUGUUGUAGGCACAUAACAGGGUAAUUUUGAAAUGUGUGUUUCAUGUAAGCCAUCAUCACAUGUCUCAAUUAGAUUCAAUGCCGAUGUUGUUGGGGGUUUUUUUGGGGAAUUCAUUGGCAAAGAGGAGUAUUUAUAGGAAUGUUCAGUCAUUUGAUUACAUACAAAACAAGUGUUGUGUCACUACGGGCCCAUUCGCUGAUACUGUACUUCUUACACAUUCAGUAGAUAUGUAUAUUUUGUUUUGCACAGUAAUAAAGCAAACAAAUUUCAUUAAUAUAUGGAAUAUUCAUGUUACUGUACUCAUGAUUCAAUAGAUGUAACCUAAUUUUUGACCUUUGUUGUUUUAUCAUACCAAAUUAUAUAUGAACUGUAUGUAAUAAUGCCAUUUUUUUUCCAUAAAUGCUAAAUGAAAGAUGG